AUGACGAACGGAAGGAAGAUGGAAUACAAGCUUGUUGACUCUGAGAAGGACAUUGAAAGGAGCUACGAGCCCAGGAGAAAGCCGAAGAGAAGCAGGAUACAGCUUCACGACUGGCAGAGCAUGCUCUUGGAGCACAGCUUCCGAAUGAAUCCGUAUCCAGAUCGGAUAGAAAAGUAUAACUUGUUCCUGAAGACAAAGAUUCCGAUGAAGAACGUCAAGAUCUGGUUCCAGAACAGACGUGCACGGGAAAAGUCAUUCUACGAGGAGGCGGUAGAAGUGCACAGGGAUGGGAGAAGGGCUGGACAUAGAAGCCUAGGCUCUAGAAGCGCCCUAUUUGCCGAGGAGUUCCAAUACCGUAGAUACUAG